AUGAAGCUGUGCAGAUUAGCGGGCUAUUUGCUGCUGCUGGUGCAGCUGAUGCGGGUAAGUCGAGAGGCCAAAGGCAAAUGUUCUCAGUUCUCAAUCUGCCUUUCACUAUUGCGCCAAUCGAACACAAACUCGCUUGCUCUGACUUAUGGUAAUUGUGCAUACUCUGUUUUGCUGCCGCAGCCACAGCCCAGCCGCACCAUCGAGCUGAGCACCGACUAUGCCAUAGUGAGCAAGGCAGCGGUGGCCACCACCACAGCACCACCGCCGUCGCCAACGUCCGCUGCACCGCCCGGACGCAGCUUCAAGGGUCGCAUACAGACGACAACGCCACGCAAUGCCUCGAAGCGGCAGGCUCGUCCGCUGGCCAGCAGCACCUCAGACGAGCCCCAGCAGCAGUUGGUCGCCAUUUCAUCGAAAUCGUACAUCUCCGGCCCCGCCACACCGCCGUCCAAGCUGGCCAAGCGCGCAGGACUGCCGCCCCAGAAGAAAUUCGCCAAGGAUGUGCGCAAUCGCAGCAGCCUGGCCGUGGAGCGAAACAGACUGCAGCACGAGGUGCCCGAUCGCGUGCCCGACUCCUCCGGCUAUGUGCCACAGCGCAUUGGGCAUCCCGUGCAUCUGGACUACGGCUCAACUGGCGUCGACUCCAGCGGCGCUCCAACAGGCAGCGCGGGCUACCAUGCGGCGCCCUACGAGGGCAACAAGUGGCACGAGGAGUACUGGGAGCAGGACUACUCGGGGCAACAGUACACGCACAACAGCACACGAGUGCAGCGUAAGUGCCUCCACUAUCUAUGUAUAUCUAAAUAUAAUCCAAUUUAUAUCUUAUGUCUGAUAGAUAUUGAAGCUGAGUGUCAGGAUGAUUACAUGAAGAUACGCAUUGGCUUUAAUGGCUCAUUCAGUGGCUUAGUCUACUCCGCUGGCUAUGCCUACGAUCCCGAUUGCAUGUACAUCAAUGGCUCUGGCCGGGACUACUAUGAGUUCUACAUACAAUUGAAUCGCUGCGGCACGCUGGGCAAGAACUCCUUGCAGGAGGAGAGUCGCAAGAAUCCCACGAACUUUAUGUGGAAUACAGUUACCGUACAGUAUAAUCCGCUCAUCGAGGAGGAGUACGACGAACAUUUCAAGGUCACCUGCGAAUAUGGCUAUGAUUUCUGGAAGACGGUCACAUUUCCCUUUUUGGAUGUGGAAGUUGCAACGGGAAAUCCUGUAGUCUUCACCCUCAGCCCACCUGAGUGCUAUAUGGAGAUCCAGAAUGGCUAUGGCAUUGGUGGACCGCGUGUGACUGGUCCAGUGCGUGUGGGCGAUCCCCUGACGCUUAUCAUCUAUAUGCGCAGCAAAUAUGACGGCUUCGAUAUAGUGGUGAAUGAUUGCUAUGCGCACAAUGGCGCUAAUAAGCGCAUUCAGCUGAUUGAUCAUCAGGGCUGUCCCGUGGACGACAAGCUCAUCUCGCGCUUUAGGGGCUCCUGGUCGGACUCGGGCGUAUUCGAGACGCAGGUGUAUGCAUAUAUGAAAACUUUCCGCUUUACGGGUUCGCCGGCGCUGUACAUUGAGUGCGAUGUACGCAUGUGCCAUGGACGCUGUCCGAGUCAGCCCUGUCACUGGCGCAAUCUGAAGGCCGUUACCAAACGCGACACGUCCAACAUGACAGCCACAAAUUUGUCGCUGCCGCCGCUAUCGGACGCAGAAAUCGAAGCCACUGAAAGUCCGGCGCAGGCUUCGCUUUCGGAGAACGUAAAUCUGUUUCAGUCGCUGCGCGUGCUGCAGGAGGGCGAGUCCGAUGGCGACGAUGUCUAUGCACAUCGGCAGGCCAAGCCACAGUUGCCGCAUCAGACCUGCCUGAAGACCUCAACCUUCUCGGCUCUAACGGCUAGCUGCUCGGCGCUGCUUUGUGUGCUGACUGUGAUGUUGUUCAUAGCCUGCUCUCGACUGAAGCGACGCAAGCAGUCCACGCUGUAUGACUCCUAUAUAGCGCAUAAGGGUCAGAUUGAUUGACAGAUGAUUGACAUGCUUGAAUAUGCUAAUUGAUAUGGCUGGGUAGUUUAGGGUCUGCUGGAGUUUUGUAAAUAGUUUUUAUUGCAUACAAAAUAAGAAUGUA